CAUGCUCAUUAACAACGGGGUUAACUUGUGAAAGAGUUGGGAGAAUCUUUUCUCUUCUUUCACGCGUUUCUUUUCCCCUCCGUCACAAAAUGGGAAGAGGACAGAACGAGUAAGGAGGAAGGAAAGGUGAAGAAAGCCCCGGUGACGUCGCCGUGUGAAUGCAGGAAGGCGUGCGUUUAAGUUGACCUAAAGUACUCGGACUGGGUCAUGCUGCUUCAGACCUCCGCCGUGUUGUUGUCGUUCUCCUUCGCUCGGCCUCUCUCUCCACUUUGUUGACGCCGCCGCUUGGCGCGGUUCUUGUUUUGUUUCGUUGUGGGUUUUUUUUGCACUUUUUCCUCUUUAGUGCACUUAUUUAUACGUGCUGUUCCUACUGAUAGAGUUACGGCGACGGUCGUAACUCAGUUGUGAAUUUAUAAUGCCAAAGAAAAGUUUCGCCAUGGGAAAGCAGUGCGCCGUGGUAGUCACGGCGGUCCUGCUGCUCGGUUUCAUCUCCUCUCUGGAGGCAGAAGAAGCGUCCUGCCAUGGAGCCUUCGACCUCUACUUUGUACUAGACAGAUCUGGAAGUGUUUCGACUGACUGGGCUCAGAUCUUUGACUUUGUGAAAAAUCUUGUUGACCGAUUUGUGAGUCCAAAAAUGAAGGUUUCCUUCAUUGUCUUCUCUUCAAAAGCAGAGCUCAUUUUGCCACUGACUGGAGACAGGGCAAAGAUACAGGAAGGCUUGAAGAAACUGAGUGAGGUCAAACCUGCAGGUGAAACAUUCAUGCAUGAAGGGAUUAAACUGGCGUCUGAGCAAAUGAAAGGACAACCCCAAAAGUCUUCAAGUAUCAUCGUUGCAUUGACCGAUGGAAAGCUUGAUGUCUAUGUUCAUGAACUCACUACAGCUGAGGCAAACACAGCAAGGAAAUAUGGGGCUCGAGUAUAUUGUGUUGGUGUUAAGGACUUUGACAAGGAUCAGCUGGCUGAGGUGGCUGACACUGCAGAGCAGGUGUUCCCAGUUGAAGAUGGCUUUCAGGCGCUAAAAGGAAUUGUUAAUUCAAUCCUCAAGCAGUCGUGCACAGAGAUCUUAACAGUGGAGCCAUCCAGUGUCUGCGUGAACCAGUCCUUUGACAUGGUCCUAAGAGGGAACGGGUUCACGCUAGGGAGAGCCAAAGAGGGAGUCCUCUGCAGCUUCGAGGUGGACGGCAUGACCUACAAUGAGAAGCCAACCACAGUGAGACAUGACUAUGUGCUGUGUCCUGCCCCGGUGCUGCAAUAUGCUGGACAAAAAAUGGAAGUUCUUAUCAGCUUGAAUGGUGGCACGUCCUAUAUUACAAGUGCCUUCACAAUCACUGCCUCAACUUGUUCAGAUGGUUCAGUGGUGGGCAUUGUGUUCCUGGUACUGUUACUACUCCUGGCUUUGGCUCUUAUGUGGUGGUUCUGGCCUCUCUGCUGCACCGUGGUUAUUAAAGAUCCACCUCCUGAACGACCACCUCCACCACCUCCUAAACCAGAGGAGGACCCACUACCCAAGAAGAAAUGGCCAACUGUGGAUGCAUCUUAUUAUGGAGGAAGAGGAGCCGGUGGAAUCAGACGCAUGGAGGUGCGUUGGGGUGAAAAGGGCUCCACAGAGGAGGGGGCGAGACUGGAGAAGGCCAAGAACGCAGUGGUGUCAGUACCGGAAGAGGUGGAAGAGGCUAUGAUCAAAAAGCCCUCAGCACCUGCACCCUCCUACUAUCAUGCAGAGACUAAGUGGUACACACCAAUUAAGGGCCGUCUUGAUGCACUUUGGGCUCUGCUGCGGAGACAAUAUGACCGAGUUUCCCUCAUGCGGCCAACUAAUGCGGAUAAGGGACGAUGUAUGAAUUUCAGCCGAGUGCGACAUCACUAGACGGCCUUCAAUCACUGAAAUAUGUGGACAUCCAGUAUUUCUGAGGGUACAAGGAAAAUACGUCAGGUUUUUGUUGUUGUUGUUGUAGAUGAUAUACCUGGUCCAUAGUGCAGUACAUUCUUGUUUAGGGUUCUUUUAAUUCCAAGCAUUGGCCUUCCCCAACCAUUACAUCUGCUUUAAAUGAUUUAUAUUGUAUCCCUCGAGCUGCUAAAGGAGGAUUGAGUCGUGCUUAUGUGUUUUAGCACAGAUAAAGUAAAUACAUCAAAAAGUGCCUGAUUUUGUGUCGGAUUUGGUUAGCCGCUUUGUGCGCACCAAAGGCUUAACAUAUUCUGACCAUAUUGUGCCUUCUGUGGGGGGGGUGGAGAAAAAUAAUUUUAAUGGACACAGACGGAGGCUAUUUAAAAAAAAAAAAAGGGAAGAAAGGAAAAAAAAAACAGAAUGAGAAGAGGCUGUUCGCCAUUGGCGUGGAAGUAGAAAUAAUCCCAGUAGGCUUGGGGAGUGCAGAAGUCCAGUGCCUUUUGGCAAUGUCUCACCACAAAGCCUCUCCAUGUCCACUCUCGCUCGAUGCCUGGCGGGACCUCUUUGACUGGAGAUCUUGUCAUUUUAACACUGAGAAGUGCACACGCAUGACAAAUUGUAGACAGAAUGCCCUAAGGUACUGGAUGCAAUAAGACUUUGCCCUUUAGUUUGUGAAGACACCUUUCUAUCAUUGUGUGCUCAGGACCUAAAAAUUAAUAGAGCGUUAUUGCACCGCAAGACAGCCUGUGACCAAAGGACUGCGGCUACUUUUUGAGGGACAGAUGCUUCAAGACCUUGACAUGGUAGUUGGUGUGGGGUUUUGUUUUUUUUUUUUUUUUGCCCCCCUUCCAACAUUCUGUAGCCUGCUUCUGACUUUCACAAUCCAUAAACGUGGCUAGUUUUCCAGACAUAGAUACAGCUGUCUCGCCACGCUUCUCUUCGAGGCUCUCCCAGCGCCUCAACCCAGUAGUUCGCUCACGAAAGUUUAAUUAAAAUAAUUAAAGGCAACACCAAGCAGCAGCCUGCAAAGCUUCUGCUCAUCUUUCUGACAUUGAAUGACCUAUUACUGUAUCCCCAUCGUUGAGAAUUAAAAGAAAGGCUCCGCCACCAUGGCAACGUGAGAACCCUUCCAUCCAAAACCCGAAAGGAAAGGGGGCGACGGAUGGAUAAGUAUUGUUCAUUUCCAGAAAUUAUCCUCAUUGUCCACCCCUCCUCAUGCACACACACCAAAAAAAAAAAAAAGGCGAGCAAUAUAA